GGGAGACUGCGGGGCUUCAUGGCCGACCCCGAGAUUCUAAUAGGGGAUCCCAUCACCACAUGCCUUUCGCCUUCUGUACAUGACAUGGUUUGUAAAGUUGGGUUUGAAGUCAGAGAAAAUUGUGAUAUCAAUAGCGUUGUAACUCAUAAUGGCGAGAUACACUGGGAAAUAAUAACAGACUGCGUGAGCUAUGCAGAACCAGGCCAAGGUCUUGAUUACUGGGGAAGUGUGCGGCUGCUGGGCCCUGUGUGUGAGGCUGUCCAUUUACAUUUCUUAACCCUGACCAAAGAGCAGUUUGAAAUUCAGUAUGCACCAUGGUUCCAGUGGACAAAUUUUCCAGAGUUGUUUCCUGAAAUAUUUGAUGCCUUGGAAAGCCUGCCUUCUCCCACUGUCUCUCUCAGUAUAAUGAAGUUGGCAUCAUGUCUGGAGCGAGCCUUGGGUGAUGUAUUUUUGCUGAUUGGGAAGAAAUGUCCAUUUCUCUUAAGAGAUCUCUUGGCAUCUGAGGAGCUUGCUCAAGUUUUCGGGCAUUCUGUGAUGGAUGUAUUGAAAGUCUUCAUCGGCUCUCCCCAUGGACUCAACCUGAGAAACAUCUUAUGGCAUGGGUUUGCCUCACCUCGAGAAAUCCCUCCCAAAUACUGUUCAAUGCUGCUACUGCUGAUGGCAGGACUAGGUCGGCUACUGAAGGACUUCCUUCAACAAACUGAAGCCACAUUAGCACAUCGACCCUUUGUAACCCUUAAAGACUUAGAGGAUUUGAUUGUUUUUCCCAGUGUUACUUAUGAGAUACUUUCAGUAUUAGAACAAGUGAUGAAAAAAUCUACCUUUAUAUUAAAAAUCAUGUUACCAUACUGGGAAAUGGCGCUGGUCAAGUUCAAAUCACACAGGUUUGCUGACUGUGCCAUGCUAUUGUUAACACAGCUAGAGAUGGGACUUAGGAGAGUUUUUGCUGCAGUUAACCAGUGUCCAGACAGACUCCUGACUGCAGAGUCAACAACUCUGUAUACCACCUUUGAUGAAAUAUUGGCAAAGCACUUGUGGGAUGGUAGAGUGAACCAACUUCCUCUUCUCCUUGGAGAGCCUGCUAUGGAAUUUCUCUGGGAUUUCCUGAACCACCAGGAGGGCCCCCGUCUACGAGAUCGUUUAAGCCAUGGAGAGAUAAACCUAUGUGAAUUUCCAGAAGAAGCAGCAAGUCAGCUCCUUGCGUUUUCACUUGUGCUUUCUCUUAGAUUCACUGAUGAACAUGUCCUGUCAAUGUUUAAGGAGGAAGCAGCAAUAAGAUUGUUGAUUAGACUUGCAGAGGGCUAUAGUUCUCACUGCCACCCCAUUUUUCACCUUAAAAAGCAGGUGCUGAGCUGUGAGGAAAGCAUCAGGAUUUGGCCUUUGCUGCCUUUACCAGAAGAACUUGGUCAGGAAUCCAUCAGAUUGGGAGGUGACUCUGAAACAUGUGCCUGCUAUUCAUUAAUUACAAAGAUUAUAUGUGAGCUCUGUCACCAUGUGCCUGCGAAUCUCUGUGCUAUCAGGGACACAGAUGGUCCUCCCACUGCCGAGUGGCCCCAGAUGCUCCGCAGACUCUGCUGCACACGCAUCCCCACCCUGUUCUGCCCCAGAGCCGUCCUGGAGGUGCUGGCCGUGCUUCGCAGCAUCGGUUCCCAGUGCCAGCGCGUGUCUAGCCAGGUGGCGGUCUCCUUGCAACUGAGGCACAAGCAGUGGGUGGAGCGGAACCUGCGCUCGAGGCAGCGACAGAACUAUCUGCACAUGCUGCACAGUACUAGGCUUCUGUCUCCUGUGCUGUACCUGAUUUUAUUGUUUGUUGUGUUGGAACUGGUCAACAUUCAUUUCGUCUGUGGAAAAGAUGCUCAUGAAUAUCAGAAAUAUUUCAACAGGUUUUUAAAGUCAAUCUUGCAAUACACUGAGAACCUUGUGGCCUACACCAGCCAAGAAAAGAACAAAUGGAAUGAAACCAUCGUUCUUACACAUGCAGCUUUGUUGAAAAUUUGGACUUUUAGUGAGACAAAACAAAUGUUAAUACAUUUAGCCAAGACAGAUCCCCAAGUACAGUCAUGUGAAAAGAUAUGUAAGUCAGUUAUAACCAAAAACCCCUAAGCUUAUAUAGCUGUGAACAAGGAGUAUGUUAAUAUUCAAUGCUGGGAGUAGGUUUCAGGGUCUGUUUGAUCAAGGUUCAA